AUGUUAAAGUGCUGGACACGAUCAGCUCGGUGGAGAGCGGUGCGCUCGUUUUCAAGUCACUCUAAAUAUGUCCCGGAACACACAAAUUUUUUGGAUAUCGACUUGAACGACCAAGAAAUGUUUGGCAUACCCCGAGUUGAGUCUACCCGGCUGCAGGCAGCUGCUCGACGGAUCGCCGAGUAUUUUAUGGUGUACGAUGCCAUAGACCAGACUCUUUUGGAGCACGAAGCACAACUAGACUUUGGCGACGGUGACACUGCGUCCAUUGUUGACGUCGAUGCGGCCGAACUCGGUAAAUUGGAUCGAGAGAACGUUAGCGGUGUCCGUCAGUAUUUAUUCAAUUCGUACCAGCUUCAAAAGCGUGGACAGCUGUCUGAUUUUAUUGAAGAUCUGGAACGAAUACCCCAGCAGGGGCUGCUUCCGCGGGAAGAAGUGCAAGCGCGGCUGGACCACUUAUUGCGACAAAGUGACCCCAAUCUGAGCGAGGUGGCCAAGCUGCUGGCCGGAAAGGGCGUGCCUAACCUGAGCAUGCUCAACAAAAUGAUGAAAUCUCUGCUGGAUCGAGGAUAUUAUCAGCCCUGCCAGGUGGUGCUUGAUUCCCUGUUGAUGAGCAGAGAAACACUCAACAUGCAAACACUAGCAAUUGCCUUAUCCUUAGCUACGUUGGGGGCAAAAAAGACCGUUUUUUAUUCCUAUGCUCUGGUGGCCAUGCCCGACUCGGCAACCGAUUCUGCUCUUGCCAGCCGCUUUGGUGACAUUUCCGCACCCAGUGAAGAGCUCAUUGAGUCUCUGGCAUUCGGGUUUGCUAAAUUCCAAGACGCAGAAAAUUUGGAUAGGGUGCUGGACUGGGCAAAGCUGCACAAUGUCUUAUCGCUGCGGGCCCUCCGUACCAACAUGCGAGCUGCCCUCCAGUGGCAGGACGAACCCCGCGCCAACAAAACUAUCAGCAUCUUAACAAAACUCGGCACCGUUCCUGAGGAAUUCACCGCAAUGGCAACCAAAAUCAGCUCUUUAAAUACCUAA